AUCUACUCAAACUUCAGCUAGAUAGAUUGCACUUCUACUUCUCUACUUCUAUCUUUCAACUUUUGUAUUGGCUACUCUUUUAAAAUACUACCCGUCUGGAGAUCUAACUAGCUUCUUUUCUGUCUUUUAGAUACGAAAGCAUUUCAUUUCAUACCUGGUCAACGUAGAGCUGUUAAACUUGUUUACAACGGAUACGACUUUUGUAAAUUGUUAACCAAUUCAAGAGGCACGAAGUGGGUGUGCGCUAAAAAGACAUCCAAGAAGUGUAAAGCACGCAUUCGCCUAAGAGAAAAUCACCAAGUUGAAGUUUUAUAUGGAAAGCAUAAUCAUGGACUGAGUAAAAAAACGUGAAGAGGCAAAGAGUAAAGCAUAAGCUAAUCUAAGUAGAAGCCUUCGAAAAUUGAUAAUAAAACUGUGAAAAUCAAUGAAAUCACGAAGUUUUGCAUUCGAAUUUGAAGCCUCCUUAAAUGAUAAGUUAAAGGUGUUAGAAAUGUAAAGGUGAUGGGUCCUAAAAUAUCGUAUCUUUAUCUACUUCUACGAAAAUACUUGUUCUAAUCAAACCAUUUUUUAUAUUCAGAUCCUAUGGAUGAUUGUCUGACUCCUAUAAUGGCUGAUCCAACAAAAUUUCACUAUAUGGAACUAAUCCCACCUACAAAUAAAAACAGACGGCCCCGAAGGAAAUGCCGACUUUGUUACAGAAAUAAGAGGCGACGAGAAACAGCCUACAUUUGCGCUGCCUGCCCAGAUAAACCAUCUUUAUGUGUGCGGAAUUGCUUUCGACUAUAUCAUGAAGAGAUCUUCCGAAAAGGUGGUUUUCUUAGGCAUUCCAAGAACAAAUCACAGAAAUACGGAUAGAACGGAAUUUAGAUUUGAUGUAAAGCCAGAUUUGUUUUUAUUGUUAUUAUAUGUGACUACGAA